AUGACCAGGGACAUAGACAGGAGCUGGGAUGCAGUGAUGGUUAACCUGAGACUGGGAGCGCAUGGAGGCACAGAGCAGGGCAGCGUGAGCCUGGUUUCAGAUGUGCUGGCAGCAUUGUGUGUGAUGCGCCAGCUACGUUGUGGUAGCCAGGAGUUGUUGCUAAGUGCCACUUGUGUGACAACAUUAGACCUCAGGAUGGACCAGACGGUGGUCAUCAAACCAGUCCACUCCUCCCUGCUGGGACAAGACUACUGCUUUGAGGUCACGACCUCUACAGGGACCAAAUGUUUUUCCUGCCGCUCGGCAGCAGAAAGAGACAAAUGGAUGGAGAAUCUGCGGCGGGCCAUCCAUCCCAACAAGGACAACAGUCGGAGACUGGAGAACGUUCUGACAGUCUGGGUCAUAGAGUCCAAAGACCUGCCUGCAAAAAAGAGGUAUUUCUGUGAGCUGUGUCUGAAUGACAGUCUGUACGCCAGGACGUCCUGUAAGCUAAGGACUGACAACGUAUUUUGGGGUGAGCACUUUGAGUUCUCCAGCCUGCCCUCCAUCACCUCCCUGACCAUCCACCUCUACAAAGAAACCGACAGGAAGAGGAAGAAGGACAAGAGCAGCUACGUAGGGCUGGUCAACAUCCCUGUUGGCACGGUGACUGGCAGACAGCUGGUGGAGAAGUGGUACUCAGUGAGCAUGCCCACCACCACUAGAGGAAAGUCCUCGGGUCCAACAGUGCGUAUUAAAGCCCGGUACCAGAGCAUUGUCAUCCUGCCGAUGGAACAGUACAAGGAGUUUGCAGAGUACAUCAGCUCCAAUUACCUCCUGCUGUGCUCCACGCUGGAGUCCUCCAUCAGUCUGAGGGCUAAAGAGGAGCUGGCAGCCGCCAUGGUUCAUAUCCUGCACAGCACCGGCAAGGCUAAGGACUUCCUAACAGACUUGAUGAUGGCGGAGGUGGACCGUUGUCGUGACAACGAUCAGCUGAUCUUCAGAGAGAACACUCUGGCGGCCAAGAGCAUCGAGGAAUAUCUGAAACGAGUGGGACAGAAAUACCUGCAGGACGCUCUGGGGGAGUUUAUAAAAGCUCUCUACGAGUCAGAUGAAAUCUGUGAGGUUGACCCAGCACGCUGUGCGACCUCUGACCUCUUGGAGCACCAAGCCAACCUGAGGAUGUGCUGUGAGCUGGCCUUCUGUAAGAUCCUAGACUCCUACAGGUGUUUCCCCCGGGAGCUGAAGGAAGUGUUUGCCUCGUGGCGCCAGGAGUGGAGUAACCGGGGGCGACCAGACAUCAGUGAGCCGUCUCAUCAGUGCCUCACUCUUCUGCGCUUCCUGAGUCCAGCAGUGAUGUCACCAUCCUUGUUUGACCGUGAUGCAGGAAUACCUGAUGACCGCACCGCACGAACUCUGACCCUCAUCGCCAAGGUUACACAGAACCUUGCCAACUCAGCAAGUCUGAUCGUGCGUGUGUUUGGUACCAAAGAAGAGUACAUGUUGUUUAUGAAUGACUUUGUUGAGAGGGAAUGGGGGAACAUGGAACGUUUCCUGCACGAGAUCUCUCACCCAGAUGGUCUGUCGCACACCGCUGGCUUCGACGGCUACAUUGACCUUGGCCGAGAGUUAUCCACACUACACACACUGUUGACUGAGUUAGACCAGGCCUGUCUGUCUAAGCUUGGUCCUCUGCCAUGUAUCCUGAGAGAAGUGUCUGCAGCUCUGGCCAAUCCAGGGGGUGUAGCCAAUCCAGGGGGUAUGGCCAAUCCAGGGUGCAUUCCCAUCACUUCACCAGAGCCUCAGCGUGUUGUUUCUCCGCCCCCUCUGUCUCCACCCCUCUCCCCUCCUUUGGCAACCUGCAGUCUGUCCUUGGGUCUGCAGGGCAGCGGGGGACUAGACAGCGGGUUGGUGGACUUUACCAGGCUUCCGUCCCCUACUCCAGAGAACAAAGACUUGUUCUUUGUCACUAAAGGAUCCAGUCUACAGCCUGCAGCAGGCCUGCAGGGCUCUCCAGCUCAGAGCUCUUCUUAUUCAGAGGCCAUUGAGAAUGAGGGUGGCACUGAACUAACCAAUGGCGGCAAAAGGGAUGGUCUAGAACUGACGAAUGACAGCCGCAGUCUGUCCUUGGUGGACCUGCAGGAUGCCUCCCCAGGUGAUAGUCUGGACGAUGGCCAAUGGCAGCGUAGGACUGGUCUCCUCCCUCUAUCCUUCCAGAACCCCGUGUAUCACAUGACCACCACAUCACCACGGCAACCUCAACAACCUGAUGCCACACCAUCCGAUGGGUCUGUUGGUUCCCAUAGCAAUGCUGAUGAGAGAAACACAGUGGCAACCAAACCUGCAUUCCUUACCCAGAUGUCUGUGGGCCUGGGGGGAGCGGAGAGAGGGGAGAGAGGAGAUCGGAUGUCUGCUCUGUCCAGCAGCAGCAGUGGGGAGGAGUACUCUCGCCGACAGCUCUCCUUAACGGACCCCCAACCAGGUGUUUCCACUCCACCUCGGCAGAACUCAGCCGGGCCUCCCAACGGCCCUCAGCGCCGCAUCGACCAGCCCCCGCCACCCUCUUCAGCCACCCCUGGGCCCCCCCGUGGCCGGACUCCUCCCAGCAUGCUAAGCGGUAACAGUUCCGCCUACCCUCCGCGCCCUACAUCAGGCAGUAUGAUGUCAUCGAGCCCUGAUUGGCCCAGCAGCAGCCAAUCUCGGCUCAGACAGAUGUCGUCAUCAUCAAAGGGAGAUAGCCCUGAAAAACAAAGAACGGCUACCAAGGCCCCCUCCCCAGUAAAUCCUUGUGCAUUGGACCGAACGGCUGCCUGGCUGCUGAAUAUGAACUCUGGCGUCCCCUAUGGAGAGACAGAGGAUGACGAUACUCUCACUGAGAAGUAUCAACAGGAGGUGGCAGUGUUGCAGGAGAGGCUCCGUGUUGCAGCUCUGCGACAGGAAGAAUGUGAGACAAGAUUACUGAUCCAGGAUCAGCAGAACCAGAGGAUGCUACAGGAGUACCAGGUCAGGUUGGAGGACACAGAGUCACGUCUCAGAAGACUCCAAGAUGACAAAGACCUGCAAAUGAAUAGCAUCAUCAGCAGGUAUCUGUGUGUGUGA